AGUGAGGAAGCACACCCUCCUCUUCUUCAUCUCCGAUACCCAGCACCCUGCACACCUUCCUCCUCCUCCUCCUCCCCAGAUCCCAGAGCAUCCUCCUGUUCUUCCUCCCCAGCUUCCAUCACCCCGGGUCUGAGGAAGCACACCCUCCUCCUCCUCUUCCUCCUCCUCCAGGACCCCCGGGUGAGGAAGCACACCCUCCUCCUCCUCCUCCUCUGCAGGACCCCCGAGUGAGGCAGCACACCCUCCUCCUCCUCCUCUGCAAUCUCCAGGACCCCCGGGACCCCCAGAGUGAGGCCGCAGACCCUCCUCCUCCAGGCCCCCCGGCUGAGGAAGCAGACCCUUCUCCUCCUCCCCCGGCUGAGGAAGCAGACCCUCCUCCUCCUCCUCCUCCCCCAGGACCCCCGGGUGAGGCAGCAGACCCUCCUCCUCAUCCCCAAUAUCCAUCAUCCCUCACACCCUCCUCCUCCAGGACCCCCGGGUGAGGAAGCAGACCCUCCUCCUCCUCCUCCCCCCCCGGCUGAGGCAGCACACCCUCCUCCUCCUCCAGGACCCCCGGGUGAGGCAGCAGACCCUCCUACUCCCCCAGGACCCCCGGGUGAGGCAGCAGACCCUCCUCCUCCUCCCCCGCGGCCAUGGCGGUGCCCGGCCCGGCCGAGGCGCUGCUCGCCGCCGCCUCGUGCCCGGUGUGCCGGGAGCUGUUCCGCGAGCCGGUCUCGCUGCGCUGCGGGCACAACUUCUGCCGGGGCUGCGUGGAGCGCUGCGGGCCGGGCCCCGCGGGGCCGCUCCGCUGCCCGCAGUGCCGGGACGCGGCCCCGGAGCGCGGCCUGAGGCCCAGCCGGGAGCUGGGGCACAUCGCGGCCAUCGCCCGCGAGCUGCUCCCGGCGCUGCUCCCGGGGCCGCCGCCGCGCCCCGAGUGCCGCCGGCACCGGCAGCCGCUGCGGCUCUUCUGCCGCGAGGAGCGGGCGCUGCUGUGCGCCGAGUGCGCCCGGGAACGGCGGCACCGCCAGCACCGGGAGCUGCCCGCCGAGGAGGCGGCGCGGGAGUACCGGGAGCAGAUCCAGCGGCGGCUCCGGAGCCUGCGGGAGGAGCGGGAGAAAUUCCGGGAGAGCCGGAGCGGCGGUGGGCGGAGCCCGCACCUGGAGCGGGCUCGGGCCGAGGGCCAGCGGCUCUCCCGGGAGUUCCAGGCGCUGCGGGAGGCGCUGGAGCGGCAGCAGCGGCUGCUGCUGGCGCAGCUGGCGCAGCUGGAGGCGGCCGCGGGCCGGGCGCGGGAGCGGGCGCUGGGGAAGGUCUCGGAGGAGCUGUCGCAGCUGGACACGCUGCUCUGGGAGAUGGAGGGGAAAUUCCAGCAGCCGCCCGGGCGGUUCCUGCAGGACAUCCAGCAGCUCCUGGACAGCUGCGAGGCGCUGCGGUUCCGCCCUCCGGCCGAGCCGAGCCCGGAGCUGGAGCGGGGCCUGGCGGAGUUCGGGCGGCGCAGCGCGGGGGUCCGGGCGGCCCUCGGGAGGUGCCAGGACAGCCUCAUGUUCCUGCUGCAGGAGCCGGCCGCGCUGACGCUGGACCCCCGCACGGCGCACCCGCACCUGCAGCUCUCCGCGGACGGCCGCGAGGCGCGGGGGCAGCUCCUGCCGCGGGACGUCCCGGACCACCCCGAGCGCUUCGACUUCGAGCCCUGCGUGCUGGCUCGGGGCGGCUUCACCUCGGGCCGCCACUUCUGGGAGGUGGAGGUGGGCCCGGGCGGGGUCUGGGCGCUGGGCGUGGUGCGGGAGUCCUCCCGCAGGAGGGGCGCGCUCCGCCUGAGCCCCGAGGAGGGGGUCUGGGCGCUGCAGGCUUUCCACUCGCUGACCUCGCCCCGCGCCGCGCCGCGCCCGCGCCCGCCGCCGCGCCGGCUCCGCGUCGCGCUGGACUACGAGGGGCGCCGCGUGGCCUUCUUCGGCCACGGCGAGGACGCGCCCCUGCUGGAGUUCACCCGAGCCGCCUUCAACGGCGAGAGGGUCCUGCCCUGGUUCAAGAUGGGCGUGGGGGCGCGGCUGCGGGAGGUGGCCCGCGGCCAGCAGCGGGCGGUGUCCCCGCUGGACUGGGUGGGCUUCGGGUUCUCGCUGCGGAUCUGCCCCUGAGGAGGGGGCUCAGGGGGCUGAGGGGGGCGGCCCGGGCCAGGUCGCCCCUCGGAGUCCGCAGGGAGCUCUGGGGGGGCUCCGGGGAUCGGCCGCGGGUGCCGGGAGGAGCCUCGGGGGCGGAGAGCGUGCGGGGUGUGUGCCUUGGGGUGCCCUCGGCGGGAUGAAUCCUCCCCAUUUCCUCCUUUUCCAGGGUGUUCUUUAAUCCAGAAUCCUCCCCAUUUCCUCCCUUCCCCGAGUGUUCUUUAAUCCAGAAUCCUCCCCAUUUCCUCCCUUCCCCGAGUGUUCUUUAAUCCAGAAUCCUCCCCAUUUCCUCCCCUCCCCGAGUGUUCUUUAAUCCAGGGUCCUCCCCAUUUCCUCCCUUUCCAGGGUGUUCUUUAAUCCAGAAUCCUCCCCAUUUCCUCCCUUCCCGGGGUGUUUUUUAAUCCAGAAUCCUCCUCAUUUCCUCCUUUUCCCGAGUGUUUUUUAAUCCAGAAUCCUCCCCAUUUCCUCCCCUCCCCGAGUGUUCUUUAAUCCAGAAUCCUCCUCAUUUCCUCCUUUUCCCGGGUGUUUUUCACUCCAGAGUUCUCCCCAUUUCCUCCCUUCCCCGAGUGUUCUUUAAUCCAGAGUUCUCCCCAUUUCCUCCUUUUCCCGGGUGUUUUUGACUCCAGAAUCCUCCCCAUUUCCUCGCUUUCCCGGGUGUUUUUCACUCCAGAAUCCUCCCCAUUUCCUCCUUCCCGAGUGUUUUCACUCCCGGCUGUGCCCUGAGCCCUUCUCCCCUCGCUUUGGGGGCCGCUCCCCGUCCCUGCCCACCCUCCUGGCGUUUGUGGUUUCGUUUUUCUCCAGUAAAAGAACGUUUGGUGUUGCAGCCUCCCCUCCCC